AAUCAACAUGGCUUCGUCAAGACAGCUUUCUCUGUCUCUGCAGGUCCUCGGGUCUGCAUCAGAUCGGAAAUAUACUCUCCCUGUAAAGCGGAUCCACGAUGGCCACGAUGUAUCAUUCUUCCUCACUAGCAAGGCCUAUGCAGAUAUCCUGACGUUCAUCUUCCAAUUAAAUGAGGCUAUGUUUCCCCGGAAAGCCGAGAACAGCCAGCCAGGUUCAGAAUCGGUCAAAUCAUGGAGUUUACAAGACCCAGAUCUCCGCCUUCCACCGGUCGCUCAGAGUCUUGCCAAGCUUCUUGAGACAUUAAGUGCCAUCAUCGAGGAAGCACCGCCGGACCCAGGACCGCGUCGGUUCGGCAACGUCAGCUUCAGGAGUUGGUACGAUAUGUUGAAGGAGAGGGUUCCCGACCUCAUGGAUCAAUACCUCCCCUCCGAGAUUCUCACCCCAAGUUCUGGCGCUAAAGUGUCAGCAAAAGCAGAGCUAGAAGCGUACCUUCUGGGUAGUUUUGGAAGCGCUCAACGUCUCGAUUAUGGAACAGGCCACGAACUGAGUUUCCUUGCCUUCCUUGGUUGUCUAUGGAAACUUGGCGCGUUCCCUGAGACAGAAGACGGAAAUCAAGAACGAGCCAUUGUUUUGGGAGUCGUUGAGCCCUAUUUACAACUGAUCCGGCGUCUAAUCUUAACAUAUACUCUAGAACCAGCAGGGUCUCACGGGGUUUGGGGCUUAGACGACCACUCCUUCCUCCCUUACAUCUUUGGAUCGGCACAGCUCUCACCAGCCAUAUCUUCACCCGCUGAUAUUGUUAUGGAAGGAUCCGCACCAGACGCACCAAACCCUGCCGACGUGGCGAAAGCAAACGUCGUCCAAAGAGAACGACAGCGCAACAUGUAUUUCAGCGCUAUUGGCUUCAUUUACGAUGUCAAAAAGGGUCCGUUUUGGGAGCACAGCCCCAUCCUGUUCGACAUAUCCGGUGUCAAAGCAGGAUGGGCUAAGAUCAACAAGGGCAUGUUGAAGAUGUACAAUGCGGAGGUUCUGUCGAAAUUCCCAGUGGUACAGCACUUCCCCUUCGGGUCGCUCUUCGUCUGGGAAAGAGACCCGGCGGCUGCAGAAGUUGCUCAAAGUGUGCACACGGCAAGCCAGCCGUCGAAGUCAUUACCAACUGCGGGACGGCAACCGCCAUUGAGAGAUGCACUGGCCGAGUCAGGUGCGCAGAGUAGCCGCGCACCGUGGGGUGGAGGGAGUGGAAUGCCGGGUAGAAUAGCAGCCCCAAGGGCCCCGUCACGUGUUCCUUCGAGGCCACCUGUGUCCGUUCCCAGUGGACCAAACGAGCCCACAGGAGCACCAUGGGCAUCUUCAACACCCUUGCCUCCCGGUAGUGGAGGGACAACAAUAACUGCGCCGUGGGCAACUAUGGAGACAUCUGCUGCAGCACCUGCGACGACACAGGGUGCGGCACCAAGCACUCGGACGUGAUGGGCGGACAAGAAGCCGCAGAGUUAGAAAAGGAGAAGCUGGUCUUCAAUCAACGAAUGUUGACGAUGAUUAAACGGAAACAUCCAGACGCACUGCAUGGGGCGGAGUAAAGGGUUUGGUCAGCAGCAAACGUGUUCUG